GUGGGGGAAAAGUGCCUGUGCAAGCAGAACUGGGAAAGUUCAGUGAGCCGAGGUUCAGGAUGUCCCGUUAAGGAGAAAAAAUUCUGCAGAGGCGCAGAAGCAACAGAAGAGGACGGACGGAAGGACAGCUAAGCAGAGCUAACGGCAUUCACAGCACCUAGCUUACUGUUUGACCGGGGAAAAUGGGUUCUCCAACGAUAUCCAGUUUUCGUCGGAUUGCUCUCCAAGUGUUUGUGUUUCAGUUCAUCGCCUUCCAAGCUACAUAUGCUGCCCCGUCGCCUAUUAUAAGGUUUCCAGGAGACGAUACAACCCCCAAAACAGACAAAGAAGUUGCUCUGCACUACUUAAAUAAGUUCUAUGGAUGCCCACAAGACAGAUGUAACCUCAUGGUACUGAAGGACACACUGAAGAAAAUGCAAAAGUUCUUCUCUUUGCAAGAAACUGGAGAGAUUGAUGCCAAAACUGUGGAGAUCAUGAAAAAGCCUCGCUGUGGUGUCCCAGAUGUGGCCAACUACAACUUCUUCCACAGGAGACCCAUGUGGCAGAAGAAAGACAUUACCUACAGAAUCCUGGGAUACACCCCUGAUCUGGAUGAAGAAGUCAUAAAUGAUGCUUUCUUCAGAGCUUUCAAAGUCUGGAGUGAUGUCACCCCGCUUACAUUCACCCGCCUCAUGGACGGAGAAGCUGACAUCAUGAUUAAUUUUGGACGCAAUGAGCACGGAGAUGGUUACCCCUUCGAUGGCAAAGAUGGCCUCUUGGCUCAUGCUUUUGCUCCAGGCCCAGGAAUUGGGGGAGAUUCCCACUUUGAUGAUGAUGAGCAGUGGACGCUGGGAGACGGCCAAGUGGUGAAGGUGAAGUUUGGCAAUGCUGAUGGAGAGUUCUGUAAAUUCCCCUUCCUGUUCAUGGGCACUGAAUACAACAGCUGUACAUCUCAGGGCCGUGAUGACGGCUUCCUCUGGUGCUCAACCACCUACAACUUUGAUGAAGAUGGCAAAUAUGGCUUCUGCCCCCAUGAAUUACUAUUCACACUGGGUGGAAAUGGAGAUGGUGCUCCAUGUAAAUUCCCCUUCACUUUCCAAGGAGAAAAAUAUGACUCAUGCACCACGUCAGGCAGAGACGAUGGCUACCGCUGGUGUGCCACCACCGAGGACUAUGACCGGGACACGUCCUUUGGGUUCUGCCCUGAAACUGCCAUGUCCACCGUGGGAGGAAACUCAGAGGGAAGCCCUUGUGUUUUCCCUUUCACCUUUUUGGGAGACACCUAUGAUGCCUGCACCUCAUCGGGACGCAGUGACAGCAAAAUGUGGUGUGCUACCACCAAGAGCUAUGAUGAUGACCGCAAAUGGGGUUUCUGUCCUGACCAAGGCUACAGUCUCUUUCUGGUGGCUGCCCAUGAGUUUGGUCAUGCCCUUGGCUUGGAGCACUCUCAAGACCCUGGAGCACUGAUGGCCCCAAUUUACACUUUCACUAAAGACUUUAGGCUUUCCCAGGAUGACAUCAAAGGCAUCCAGGAGCUCUAUGGUGCAUCAACAGACGGGCCUCAGCCUCCAACCCAGGGACCAGUGACUCCAAUGGACAUCUGUGCAGAGCCGGUUAUCUUUGAUGCUGUUGCACAGAUCAGAGGAGAGACCUUCUUCUUUAAGGACAGGUUCCUGUUCAGGUCAGUAAACUUCAGAAGCAAACCCAGUGGCCCGAUGCUAGUGGCCACCUACUGGCCAGACCUCCCUGCCAAGAUAGACGCUGUCUAUGAAAACCCAGUGGAGGAAAAGACCGUGUUUUUCUCAGGUAAUGAGAUGUGGAUCUACAAAGCAGAUGAGUUGGAGAGAGGAUAUCCCAAGAGGCUCUCCAGCAUUGAGCUCCCCACUGACCUAGAGCAAAUAGAUGCUGCCUUCAACUUCAGGAAGAACAGGAAGACUUACCUGUUUUCUGGGGACAAAUUCUGGAGAUAUGAUGAAGAAAGUAAGAGCAUGGACCCUGGCUUCCCUAAAUUUAUUGCUGAUUCCUGGAACGGCAUCCCAGACGAAGUAGACGCUGCCUUCAGUCUUAAUGGAAUUGAUUACAGCUACUUCUUUAAAGGUAACCACUAUUUCAAACUGGAGGACAGCAGCUUGAAGAUUGUCAAGUUGGGGGAAAUCACAAAGGACUGGCUUGGUUGUUGAGCAUUUUAAUAUUGUCUCGCAACUCUUUUCUGCAAUCACAUCUGGGCGCAUGAGGACAUCGCCAUCAUACCAAACACAAAUUUUGGUUUUAUCCUGGCAACUCUGCACUCAUCUGUGGGAGACGUGUCCCUCUCAGCCUGUAUAACCAGCCUCCAGCUUUGUAGAAAGGCACCUCGGGACCUUGUACACAGGCUGAAUGUAGGCAACUGGAUAUUUGCUAUUUUUCUGUGUGAUGUUGACAUUGUAUUUGUUAAGCUAAUGCUGUUUUAUUACAAAAUGUAUGCCCCUUUUUUAUUUUUUUAUAGUUUUCUAUUUGUUUAAAAAAAAAAUCAGACAUCAGGUAUGUCAACACUGCAUUGAACGCAGUGCUUUACUGUGCUGUGAGAUAUUGCCGUUUUAUGCACAUUUUAUUUUUGAAGGCUGUUUUAAACCACAUGAGGAAUUCAUGUUGGCUUAGAAUGACUUUUUUGUCCAUUGUACUAAGUGCAGUUUUAUAAAUGUAUCAUUUUUGAUUAAUUUUGUAUUGUUGUGCAAUACAUUUGAAAAAAUGAACUUGCACAAUGUAUUUGACCGAAAAUGGUGCUUUAGAGAUUGCUUUUUACAUAUAGUCCUCUAUAUAAACAUUUUGUAUUCAUGUUGUCAGAAAGUAGUAUUUGCAGGCACUCAUUCUUUAUUUGGUUAGCACUUUGUAUAGGACUAUAGACUACAAGGGAACAGCUCAAUGUGGAGGCUGCAUAAUUUUCCUGGCAGCUCCAUGUUGCAUUUCCCUUCACUUCUGGUAUAGAAAGAUUUAAGGCACAGGUUGCCUCUAGGGGCUAUAUUGGUUUGCUGCAUGACAAGAGUACCGCAGUAGUAUCGUUUGAUAAUUGUUUUUAUACUCUUUUUUUUUCUCUUUGGCUCUAACAAUACAGUCUUUGUGUUUUGUGUUGUUUUAAUGCUUAAGCACUUUGUUACUGUCAUCAAUAAAGAUGGUCAAUAUGA